AUGGCCGACUGGAAUGCAGAGCCCGCAGUGGAUAGGGACAGUUUGGUGCUGUUGAGAUCCAAGUUGUUGAAGCUCGAUUUGAGCUCAAUUUCUGCAGAGGAUCUCUCACAAAAAUUUCUCCAAUUAUAUUCCCAAUUUGAGUAUAUCUACGAGAAUGGAACCACAGACGACAAAUUGGCAGUCUUGUUUACUGAUGUCUUUGGGAUAUGUAUUCAAAGAAUGGUUCAGUUCCUCAAAUCAGACAAUUCCAAUUUGAAGUUCUUUGAAAAUGACGACUUUACAGAUAAAUACCAGUUGAUCUUCAAUUAUAUCUUGAUCCGAUUGAAUCAUUCCUACAAUCCACUUGUCAAUUCGCUAAACAAUUUACUUAAGAAGUUGAUCUCCUUCCUUAGAGAAAAUUAUUCCGAUGAGUACGUUCAGCAAAUCUUUAAAUCAUGGAUAGACACAAUUAUGAAAACUAGCUUGACUUCCAAAAACUUGUACAUAAUCCUCGAGACGGUUGCAAAAUGCAUGUCUGAUAAAUUCUACAUUCUUCAGAAUUACCCCAAAUUUCCCCAAGAUUGUAUCAAAUUGCUCUCUUCAGAUGUUUUAGCCAACUCCACCUGUAAAUGCUUAGCUUCUAUAUACUCAGCCACGUAUAGUCCAGAAAAGAACGAAGAAUGGUAUGAUACUUGGUCCGAAAUAGUAAUAGAAGGCUUAGGGAGCCAGGACUCCAAGAUUUGCAAAAGCAUCCAGACGUAUCUUUUACCUCCCUUAUUUCAGGUUUCUCCCAUGACACUUCAAUAUCUUAUAAACUAUUAUAGCAACUCUACAGAAGAUUCGCAAGUGGAUACACUAUUUGGGCUUUUGAAGAUUGGUCAAAAUCUUGCCUUGCUUAAUCCUCUUGAAUCUAUAUCACACGAACAAUUGAUUGGAUUCCUAGUACAUCAAAAUGCUUCCUAUAGAAUCAACAGCUGGGAGUUGCUUUUAGGCGGAACGUAUAAGAAUAUCAAAUCACUCCCGAUACCUCCCAAGACAUACCUGAUAAUACGCGAUCACAAGAUCAUCGAAAUCUUUUUGAAUGAUUACGAAAAUAUAGAAGUCAGGAAUAACUUCAUAUCCAUUUUGAACCAGUUCAUCGCAGUAAGAUUGAAGGAAUCGAUGUAUUCUCUCAAGAAGCAAUUGAAUACAUUGAAGGCUACAAACACAAAUCGAGAGAAACAAGAAGAAUUGAAUAAUUACAUCACACUGGGCGAAACAUUUAUCUACAACUUAGUGGAUGAUCUCAUGGAAUAUUUAAAAGCUGGCUCCAGUUACUCACAAUUAAUAUCGUCUCUCAAGAUCUUGCAAAUACUAAUUGAGAAAAUUCCCGAGAUUUCCCAUGUAUAUGAGCGAAAAGUAUUCCUUGACUUGUUGGUGCAAAAUUUGUUCAAUAAUUAUGAGAAUGUUCGUGAUCUCAGUUUGACUUUGCUUGUUAAAUGCUCACCUUCAAUCCUAGUUGACUACAUGUCAAAUGAGGAUAUGGAGAAUGAAUUACUUAAUCUGUCAUGCGAUAUUCUACACAGUUUGAGAGGAAGAAAAAGUGAUGGAGGAGCUAAAUGUUUAGAAUAUAUGUCAAUCUUCUAUCUCAAGACUCUUGCUAGCUCUUCGAAAUUGGUAGAGCUCAUGUCGUUGUUGUUGGCGAAAUCGAAUUCUGGAAUAGAGCUUCAGGGUUCCAAAUCAAAUUCCAUAAAUGAACAUGAAUUUGUUCAUGGCCAUUUCAAGGCAAUGACAUCCAUACUAUACCAAUGCAAUGAAAGCUUUUUGGAAGAAAAUUUAGAUUUCAUGAAGCAUUUCUACAAUCAGAUCGUGAGGGAGUCGUACCUUAUCUGGGAGUUUCAAAAAUCGCUUCUUUCAAAUGAGUACGACGAUGAAAUGGACGAUGGUGGAUCCGGAGAAGACAAUUCCAAAGUAGCAAUGAAUCAUGCUUGGAAAGUGGUUAAGGAAUCAAAUUCAUUGCUAACAUCAUUGAUGUGCAACCCUUAUUUGGCAAUGCUUUUGGGAGAAGACGAAUAUCUAGGUUGUUGUGAAUUGGUUAUGGAACAAAUUUCGUCACUAAAGCACAGAGGAGCAUUUUCUUCUAUUUAUCCUUCAUUCAUUUCUAUUUGUAAAACUUGUUUCAAUAAUGAGAAAUAUGAAAAAUAUCCCGAAAUAUGGCUUGAAAAGAAUAUCCAGCUAAUUGAGUCAAAGACCCAAUUCAUAUCUAGAAGGUCUGGUGGUAUGCCAUUCCUCAUUUCAGGUAUCUUAAUAGCAAACAGUUCUGUGGCCAAGUACCCUAAUUUGAUGAAACUUACAUUCUCAAGUUUGUUAGCAAUUGCAAGAAAACCAGUUCAACAUGUUGCUGAUGAGAAAAUCGAUAUUCCACAAGUUCACGCUUUCAACAUUAUGAAGCAAAUAUUUCUUGAAAGUGACUUGGCUAAUGCAUGUUCUGAAUUUGUAGAAGAUUCAUUGUCUCUAGCAUUAGAAAACUUCAAUUGUGAUAAUUGGUCAGUUCGUAACUGUGCUGUCAUGUUAUUUGGGGCUAUCCAACAGAGAAUUUUUGGAAAUAGGACCAUCCCAAGCAAGCUAUUCUUUGGAAAGUACCCACUGAUUGCCCAAUUGUUAGUUAAGCAAUUGAAAGAAUCUUCGCUUUCGAGGAAGAGCCAAAACGGAGAAGUUGUUCUUCCAAUCUUAUUAUUGUUGAUGAAACUAGACACCAAAGGUUCGGCCAAUGACAAUUUGUCUAGUAGUAUUAGGCAACAAAUAUUAUUGAUCUUGAAUACUGAAAGUUGGAAAACUAGAGAAGUUGCGGCAAAGUGCUUUUCUUCUUUCUUUAGUACCGAGGAGAUUUCCGAGUUUUCAUUAAGUUUUCUUAGCGGAAUUAGUUCAAAAAAGAAUAUGAACGAAAUUCAUGGCUCAUUGUUGGCAAUCUUUGAAGGUAUUAAAAAGCUCUUAAUGCAAAGUAUUGAUAUUCAAAAGAUCGCUAAUUUGGUGUUAAAUAAUGUUUCAAUUUUCCUCAAAUUCAAUUGUCACCCAAUUUCGAAGGUACUUGUUGAUAUAAUCUCCAUACUUAAUAGAGAGAGUGGAAAUUUGGGAACUGUAAUUAAAACAUUGGGAAACUAUUUCAUUGCAGCUCUUACCCUGAGCAAAAAGGCUUUAGUGGGUGGUGAACAAUUAACUCUCUUGAAUAUUAAUAAGCUUCUCUUGGACUAUUAUUAUAGGGACAUGGAUUUUGAGAAUCUCUGUGAUUUGUUGAGGCUAGGAUUAUGUGUCAAUGAUUUCUUCGAAGUUCAGAUAUCUUCAUUGAAGUUUAUUGAGGAGCAUUUCAAGGAGCUUAAAAAUGCUGACAUCUUAGAUUUGAUAAGGGCAGAUAUCUGGGACACAUUGAAUAGCUCACAAUGUUGGGUCUCUGUCAGAUCUUUGGCACUAAGUGUUUAUGCGGAUAUCGGCUAUGCAGUAACUGAAACUGACUUAGAAGGAAAGGUUGGCCAACUUUUCGAUUUCAUUAACACAGAAACCAAUGAAAACAUAAUUUUAAAAUCUUUAGAAUGUCUUGGUCUGUUUGUGGAAACCAGCGCCGACAUCGACAGAUUCUUUUUUUUAAGCAAGAAGUACUUGUCUGAAGAGUUGCCUGUUAAAUAUAGGUUAUCAGCAACAGUUGCAGUUGCGUCUCUUGUUGAUCGUCUCAAAGCCACUAGCUUGAGGUCUAGUUCAUUCUUUGAAAUGGCAGUUUUUAUGUUGUUAUCAAAUGGCCUCAAUGAUGAUGACCAAGUUGUUCGAGAGACAGCAGCAGAAUGUUUGUCUUCACUCUUUAACUAUAAAUAUCCGGUCAAUCCAGUAUACUUGACUCAUCAAUUCAUUAAUGUGGAUGAAUUGUCAUUCCAGAACACGCAUGAACAUUAUACUAAUAUUUUGCUUGACAACUGUUUGUCUAGCAGCGAAGAAGAUCAAUUGACUCCCAAACAAAAUUCAUCAGAUUUGUUGUUUGAUAUGGAAAGGUUCAACCUAUACUUGAACCGUACCGAGUUUGUUCUGCUAGUAGCGAGAUUCUGGAGUCAACUUGCGAUACCAGUUGAUCCGACACUAGAAGCAAAAAUCAAGAAGCAUUUGCAGUUUAUAUUACAGUACUUAGAGGACUCUGGUUCGUCUAACUUCUUUUCCAAAGAGGAGGAAUUUGCAAUCAUUUCCAGGGUUUGUGCGAUUGCAAAAAGCAUAUCUGAAGCGAGCGCAAAAGAAGUGAGCUUUUUUCAUGAAUUGAAAGCAAUAGAAAACUGCCUGCUUCUUCCUAGUACCAAGAGAAUCCUCUUCAAGUAG